ACCACAGAAGCAGGUUAGCAGGUGCGAUCUUCAAAAGUUUUCUUGUUUCGUGGUGAACGGAGUGUUUGUUCCUACUCGACUUGUAGAUGAGAUUGUCUGUUUCAUAGAAUAUUUGGAUGACGUAUACUGAAAUAUUUCGCAUUAACGGCGUGAGGUCCUUACUGAUGAUAAAACUAGCUGUUUAUUGUGUGAAAUUAGUUGAAUCGACCUUUCCAUAAGAAGACAAAAUCCAGGCUAGCAUUCCCCGAUCGGUCUGUGGAUGGAAGGUGGCCACAUCAGAGCAAUGAACAGAAAAGAAAUUAGUCGGUUAAAAACUAGUGAUGACUCUGGUGAGGAAGAUACUGUUAACAAGGAGACCAAAGAAAUAGAAAAGCCACUGCCACCAGUAGAAGUAAAGCCAGGCGAACACAGACUACAGUACACAUAUUCCAUUUGGUUUAGCAGACGAGCACCUGGUAAACAAGCUACAACACAAAGUUACGACCAGAAUCUAAAAUUGUUAGGCAGGUUUGCAUCUGUGGAGCAGUUUUGGGGCUAUUACAGUAGACUGUUGCGGCCUUCAGAUCUCACGUCACAUUCUGAUAUUCACAUAUUCAAAGAUGGAAUUAAACCUAUGUGGGAGGACACAGCAAAUAGGAAUGGUGGAAAGUGGAUCGUUCGAUUACGAAAAGGGUUAGCAUCACGCUGCUGGGAAAACAUGAUAUUGGCUAUGGUUGGAGAGCAGUUUAUGGUUGGUGACGAAAUAUGUGGAGCUGUGAUAUCAGUUCGCUUUCAGGAGGACAUCAUAUCUAUAUGGAACCGAACAGCUCAGGAUUCUGCAAUAACGGGUCGCAUCAGGGACAUUCUCAAAAGAGUAUUGAAUCUUCCGCCCAAUACCAUAAUGGAGUACAAGACCCACAAUGAUUCCCUCAAAACUUCGCCCAUUAAAGCCUACAUGCAGGCUGUACCUGGUUAUCGGCGGUCUGGUUUUAUGGAGCUUGUCUAGCAACGAAAUGUGGCGAUAUCCUGUUAUUGGCUCUGAUAAUAGAGUACUGGCAUCAAUACAUACCUAACAGAGGGUCCAUUAAUUGGUUAUUGGUGCCAAAAUCCGGUUAUCAGUGCCAAUAAGCCCCGAAAAUCUGAAAAUUGCCAAUUUUCGGUUAUCAGAGAUUUUCACCCAUCAUCAAGGCAUCGGAAUGGAACCCUGUUGAGAAUGGGGGCCUGCCUGUAUUUUGUUAGUAUUUUAUACUAUAGUAUUCUCAUUUGUAUUUUUAUUAUUUUCUCAAUAUUUUUUAGUUUUACAGUCCAAAAAAUAAACUUAUUUAUGCACACAUUAAUCCCAUGCUGUUGGUGAACUUGCCACAACCUGUUCAUAGUAAACUUCUGAUUCACAGGGGAUGUGUACCCCCCCACCCCCGCCCCCCAUGAAUAGCUAAAAUUUAAGAAUACUGUAAAAGCCCUCUAAAAAUGCUUAGGACCAUUCAUUUUGGUAGUUAAACACACACACACAAAACACUAAAAAUGCUUUUUCCUGAGUAUUUUAAGUUUUAUCACAAAUACAGUAGUGCAUUUUUUCAUGAAAAUUAUAUGAAAUAAAGAAUAAUUAGUGAAUAUUUCUCAGCUGGAAAUACAGCAAAUAAGCAAAUUUUCCAUAAAUGUGCAUAUAUGUUCCACAGAAAAAUCCACGAAUUGUGAGCCUGCGAACUUGGGUGUUUACUUUAGUUUUGUCUUGCCUACAUAUGGAAUUCAUGUUUUAAAUAUUUCUACUGUGAUUAGAGAUGAAAUAUCAAUAGUGAUGAAAUAUUCUCUUGUUUACUAUUAUGAUAUGUUUGAUAAUCAUACUUAAGAGUCUACUAAACUUGUUAUAUAGUGAGAGAGAGGAGGUUGGGGAGGGCAACUGAGCUAUGUUUUUGUUGGUAAACAAACUAAUCGGGAAGCAGAUGUUUUGCAAUUUUGAGGAAUUUUACUUUUAACAUAAAGUAUGCUACUAUGAGAUUCAGAACCUUUGUCCCGGUAUUUUUCCAAAAUAACGUUUUUUCUGUGCAUUUGACAGAUAUUAUUAGCCAUAGUAUACUUUACAUCCCUACCUAAUUUUCGGCAGCAUUUUUUAUUACUUAUAUUAGAAAAAAGUUAGGCAGUCCCAGUAAGCCAGAAAAUCAUAAAUCCUAAGAAAACCUUACUUUUAAUGCUUUGAGUGUAUUAAAAACUAUGUAAACUGCAUUUUUAUUGCAUUUUUCAUAAUAAAAACUCAAAUAUUGAUUAUUUUGCAUUUUUGGAGUCUUAUUUCUUCAGUCAGAUCAGUAUCAUAAGCGGAAUAACCAUGGAACAUGCGCUGUAAACCUGGAAAUAAUUUUUCAUGAAUAUAAUUGAAAAGUAUCGUAACCUCGGAACGUCUUAAGCCAAACCCGUUAUAAGCUGGGGACUGCCUGUAUGUAUAUUCAUAAGAGUAAAAUAAAGCAGCCAAAGUCAGUGGUGCAACACACUAAUGUAUGCGCUUAAAGUGAUACGUGACGUAAACAUGACGUCCCAACUCUUCCCACAAUGUGAUGAUGACAAAUAGCUGACUCUGAAAUUCUGAAUGAAUAUUCGUACCUUGUCAAGGCUUCAAGAAUGGUGGCUAUGAUAAGUCAUUGUCCCCGUGGUUGCAGGACAGCUUUUGUGAUUCGACUUCCACAAUUGUUUAGAAGUGAGGAGGCCCGUGGCAAACUCUACAUAAGCUUGAACAGCUAAAUGAAUAAUUGGGGCCCUUAUUUGGGGUAAGGAGUACACCCGGACAUCCAAGGCUACCAGUUUUUCGUUAUUUGUUGACGUCAAUGAGGUGUUUUUUUUUAUGAGGUGCAGAAAGAUAAUCAUAUAUGCUUUGUAAAGCAAUAGUUAUUGAUAUCUUAGUAAAAUAUAACUGGCAGAACAACAUUAAAACUUGCUUUGCCAAAAACAAAUAUAAAAAAAUGUCACAGGUUAUAAUACAUAACUGAAGGACCUCUAUAGGUCCCAGUGCUUGGCUUGAAGUCUUAAAUUCUAUAAUCCAAUCUAAUCCCAUGCAAUUGUCUAUUUAUUACAAUGACUGUCACUGUCAUAUUAGGAAAAAUAUCAAAAGUUACGACGGAUGCCAAAGUUUUCUUCACUAAUUGAUUUUUAAUUAUAUAAUUUUUCAAUGGCAAAAUAGUAAUAGAAAGUAAUUUCUUGGAUUACUUGUGGAAACCCUUUUCUUCAAGGAGUCUAGCACUCGACCUCAUGGCAUAAAUCCUAUAUACUACUACUACUAUUACCACUACUACAGAGUGUAAAGGAGUAUUGGUUGUAUUUCACUGUUGCCAGAGGUGGAGACCUUUAAACGAAUAGUCAAUUAUCCUUCUAGAAGGGACAAGUUAAUGAUAUCAUAAGCUAUGUCAUUAUGUCUUUGAAAGACAUUCCUCUGAGUUUGCUGGCAAAGUCUACAAGAAGUCAGUGUUACUCUUAAAAUUACCAACAUUAUGCAAAUUUUGUAAUACAAAAUAGUACAGUCAAAAAUUAGGUAGGGAUGUAAGAUACCCUGUGACAAAGUGUCAUCUUUGUCAGGUACAUUGAUAAAAUUUUAUUCCGGAAGAACACCAGGACACUAGCUGUGAAUCUGAUGGAAGUUGAUGUUUGUAUAUCCAUUAUAUAUUUAUAUGCAAAAAUAAAAAUAAUUA